AUGGGUGGUCUCUCUCUUCAGCACCCGUGGGCCUUUGCCUUUGGCCUCCUAGGCAAUGUCAUCUCGUUCAUGACCUACCUGGCCCCACUGCCGACAUUCUACCGAAUCUACCGGAGCAAGUCGACGCAGGGGUUCCAAUCGGUCCCUUACGUGGUGGCGCUCUUCAGCGCGAUGUUGUGGAUCUACUACGCGCUGCUCAAGUCUGACGAGUGCCUCCUCAUCACCAUCAACUCUGCCGGCUGUGUCAUUGAGACCAUCUAUAUCAUCAUCUACCUCACCUAUGCACCAAAGCAAGCCAAGCUCUUCACGGCGAAGAUCCUCCUUCUCCUGAAUGUGGGUGUGUUCGGUCUUAUCCUCCUCCUCACCCUGCUCCUGUCGGAGGGCGAGAAGCGCGUUGUCAUGCUUGGGUGGGUUUGCGUUGGCUUCUCUGUCAGCGUCUUCGUCGCGCCCCUCAGCGUCAUCCGCCUUGUGGUGCGUACCCGGAGCGUGGAGUUCAUGCCCUUUUCCCUCUCCCUCUCCCUCACCGUCAGCGCUGUCGUCUGGUUCCUCUAUGGCCUCCUCAUCAAGGACAAAUAUGUUGCUCUGCCCAACAUUCUUGGGUUCGCAUUCGGUGUGAUUCAAAUGGGGCUCUACGCGCUCUACCGCAAAGCCACGCCUACACCGGCGCCCAAGCAGGUGCACGAUGAUGAUGCAGUCAAGGUGCCCGAGCAUGUCGUCAACAUCUCUAAGCUUGGCCCAGCGGCUGCCAUCGAGCUCAACACGCACAAUCCCAUCGAUUCAGGGAUGCCACUGCCGAUGAAGGAAAACAGCUUGGCCUGCGCCAAUGACGAGACCAAGGGGGGCGUUUACAAGGUUGACAAGGCAACCCACGUCGAGCAAGUCUAG